AUGGCCACACCAAACGAGCUAACACCGCACCACCCACCCACGGUUCUGAGACAGGGGCGCAUCACUUCGUCCGCACAAGAUCGCUCCUGCCUUGAAGGUCUGCACACCGUCUACUUUGCAAAACUAACCCGUGGAAAGACCUCAUGCUGCGUUGGAGUUGUGAUGGGAGGAAAGGCGGACGGGACGGAGAACGAUCCUGCUUCACCUCAUCCUCAUUCUCGUUCUGUGUUCCGGUGUUGGUGUUUCUCCAAGCUGCUUGUGGCUGGGAACCAUCACGGUCGGAUCAUCACUGACAGCCAGACAGCUGAUUACUUCUGGAACGUCUUGACUAAGCGCCCCAUCACCGUGUUGUGCUUGAACUCUUCUUUGGAGACAGGACCUGAUACGACCUUGACUAUCACCACAGUCACCAACACAACUGCGGCAACGGUUGAGCGACGUUUGCGGCUGUGCGAGCAUCACUCCUUCGAUUCGACCCUGUCGGGGUCUGUCCACGCCACUACUGCUCCAUCCUCCACUUCGCAUCGCCGAUGGUCCGCCUCCAGCCCUACCGAUAAUGUCUCCCUUGCCGAGGGAAUGACCUCCUUUGAUGGACGCCUUGUUCCAAAUGCGCAGGUGCGGCAUCCAAUCGCGAUUCGAGCCAACCCAGUUCAGGUGCACGGGGCGACGUUAGCGGGAGGUGCUCGUGCACCCACUCCACCCCCCAGGGCUAGAGCUAAGACCAUGCCCUUGGACACCGUCGUCUGCCCUCCUGAACGGAAGUACUUUGUUGUACGACCACUGGAAGCGCUGGUUCAAUUGGGCUUUUCAGAUGCCGGAUAUUGCAAUUGGUAA